AUGUUACGUAGGCACGGGUAUCUGAAACGCGACUUUGAAUACCGCCGACAACUGCGCUCCACGUUUCGUACUGCCUACGAGCACUUUUCCGGCUUCCGAGGAGCCUAUCCGAUGGACACUGGGCCGUUCUCAGACGACACCUACGCCUUGUGGGGAUUGGCAAAGCCACCUGACAGGCUUGAUUGGUAUCUUGAUAGCUCUGACUGGACCUGGUAA